GCCGCUUCGGUGGGUGGUAAUGAAAGCAUGCGGCCAGUCAGUCAUCAUCGUGUGGUGGAUGGAACUCACUUCAAUACGACUGGGCAAGUAGUGGCGCGCGUGUGGAGCAAUGUCGGUCGAGUAGUGGAGGCGCGCAAUUCGGUGGGUGUGUGAUCGUGCAGCAGCAGUAGCAGCAGCUAACAGUGCCAGUGCUGGCUGAGUUCAACCAGUCCGUUCGGUCGGUCGCGGCGCGAGGCUCUUGCCGCAUUGCACGGCGACACUGCUGGUCAGUCUAGAUCGAAACUCGAUACGAAGCGAACGCGUUUCGAGGAACCACAAACCUCUCUCUUCGUCCGGAAGUGUGAUCGUUCUCUGGUGUGUUUGGUGGUGUGGUGUCUGCUGAUCCUGUUGGUGGUGUUCUGGGGCCCAUGUACCACACAGUGUGUUUGCAAUUAUUACAUUACUAUACUCCCAUAUCUCCGAAGAACAACCGAUUGGUACAAGCGUGAGAGCAGGAGCAGCCAAAACUGUGAGAGAAGGAAGAAAGAAGCCAUAGUGCAGCGGCGUGUAGUGGUGUGAAAGCGAAAUCUACAGUACAGGACAAGAACUCCAACAGGCUUGUUUAUUUUGCCCGGUACUGUAAAGAUAAAAGUGUUUGAACUUCGCAAGGCGAAAAGAAGUGUGAUUCAAGCGCUUAAGUUAUCAGUCAGUCUCUAUCUCUAGUGUUGGCGCAGACGGAAAACGAGAGCAGUGAGAGAGCAAAGUGAUCGUUAUUUUAAUCAGUUGAAUAAACAACAAUUUGGUGUUUUAAAAUAAUAACAAUAAAUGAUCGAAAAUUGCGAUUCCGAACAAACAGCGUGUUAGUGAAGUGAUAACAAGUGCAAUUCUGAAAUUCCUGCGUUAGCUGAUGGAUUAAUAACUGAAGAAGAGAACUAGUGAUUCGACGAGUAUCAAUGGAUUAACAGUUUAGGUGCAAUUGAUUGAAAAUUGAGUAUGUGUGAUAAUCAUUAGUUGGGGUGAUUUAUAUAUAAACGUGUAAUUGGACCAUGCAAUGAGAGCAUAAAGACAUCAAACGUUGUUUCAUCAUCACUCAGACCACGGCGCUUGGGCUGAUCAUCUCUUUGGAAGGUUCUACAAAUCACCACCCAAUUCACGCAAAAAAGGCACCACGGAAAACAUUUCCCACAUCAUGCUUCGGCCAAUUUUUGCAAACCCAAGAACAAUAUAAACCAGAUGCCAAAUCUUCGAUCCCAUCCUCAUGAACCCGCGGAACAAUCGGAAGAACCUUCAAUUAUUGGCGUUGCUAUCCUCCAAUAGCCACCGAAGAUUGAACAAAGUGCAACCACGACCGAAUCGUUGUGAAUGAAAACAAAUAACCGACGGCAUCGAAAGUUUCUCUCCGUCUCAUCGUAGUUGCUCUCGCGGUCGUCAUCGCAUCGCCGCCGCCGCGCCGUUGUGAUUAUCACCGAUUGAACAUCAGUCAGUCAGUGAGCAGCAUCACCGAAUGGACGGACGAACAACAACGGUCGGUCACCGUGUUUCCAAGUAGAAUUCGUAGAAGUCGCGUACGUUGCAGCCGUCUGUCAUUCGAUGCGCGUCGGAUCUUGGUCUUAAAAAUACGGUUUAAGUUUAUUUUAUGACGUGGUAAAAAAUAAACUGCCUGUAAAAAUAGUGUAUCUCAUGGUGCCAGUCGCAUGCAAACAAGUCCUCCUGUUGCCGUCGCUGCCGCCGCCGUGUGUUGUGUGAAGCAAGUGGUGGUGUUGAUGAAAGCCGAGAUUUCGCGGGACGACGGCCACGGUGUGUUUUUGUUGUUGGAAAGCAGAAGAGCCGUAUGAUUGGUGUUUGAUGCUCUGAUGUUGUGUUUUCUAGUGGCCGUUGUGAUUGUUAUGAUUGUAAACGAGGUGAAGAGUACGGUCACCGAUAUUCAAUCUGCCAGCAGUGAAGGCUAGAAGAAGAAAUUUUAGAUAAGAAGAAUUCGAAGCAAGCAGCUGAAGUUCCAGUAGUUUCAUAAUAUCUGCGUCUAGUGCUUGGUGGUGUAAGGAAGUUUGAUGUUUUGUUGGCUUCAAGAAUAUAAAAUUAUCUGCUUGUGAGGUUGUUGAUAGUUAGCAGCCAAGUGCUUUUAUUUAGUAAUUUUGAAUUUCGUUCCCACAACGUUGCAUCAUUGAGUCGCGAGAUAAUAAGGAACAAGAAACAAAGAGCGCACCAUUUCAACUGCGUGGCUGUGAAGCACAUGCAGGUGUUAACCAUCGCGUGGAGUCGCGCCGAUCGGCCCCGUUCUAAGGGGCCAUGACGCGUUGGCCCGUUCUAUUGCUCUCACUGCUCUCGGCGGCGUUUGCCGGCGCCCCGAACACCGAUGGAACGUUCCAACCGUCAGCAGCAGGCUCGACAUUACUGUCGCAGUCGCUGCCCCCGGCUUCACCGAUGCUGGCCGCCGCCCAGGCUGCCCUGGGAACAACGAAUCACCAGCAGCAACAUCAGCAGCAGCAACAGCACCAACAACAACAGUCACAGCAACAAUUGUCACAAUCUCUGUUUAGCCUCCCGCAAGCGCAAAAUCCUUACGCUUCGGGGGCGACAUUUGUUCCCAAGCUAACUACCUCCAACUCCCGGUAUCAAAAGUUUAAAAACAACCGCACCCAGCUGGUGGUUGGCUAUCUCACGGCACUCAAGGGCAGCAUGAAGGACAAGCAAGGCUUGGCCAUUUCCGGUGCGCUGACGAUUGCCCUGGAGGAAAUCAACGAUGAUCCCGAUCUGCUGCCGAAUGUGACACUGGCGCUGCGGUGGUACGACACCCGUGGUGAUACCGUGACAGCGACUCGUGCCAUCACCGAGAUGAUUUGCGACGGCGUGGCUGCCAUUUUCGGCCCGGAAGGGACCUGCAAGACUGAAGCCAUCGUGUCGCAAAGCCGGGACAUUCCGAUGAUCUCCUACCGUUGUUCCGAACUGCAUCGAAGCACACCCAUCCCCACGUUUGCCAGAACCGAGCCCCCGGAUACGCAGGUCACCAAAUCCAUCGUUUCGCUGCUGAUGUACUACGGGUGGAAAAAGUUUUCCAUCAUCCACGAGGAGAUGUGGAAAAACGUGGCGGUGUCGCUGGAAAACCAGGCGCAGCGCAACAACCUGACCGUCAACCACGUGGAGGAGGUGAUCGACUAUCACAAGUGCUGCGAGAACAAUCUGGAUUGUUGUCGUAGUGGAUAUUGGUAUACGAUCAUCCAGAACACGAUGAACCGGACGCGAAUCUACGUCUUUUUGGGAAACCCAAACGCUCUAGUCGACAUGAUGACACAGAUGGAUGCAAUGCAGCUGUUCUCCAAAGGCGAAUAUCUGGUGAUAUUCGUCGACAUGAUGACGUACUCACUGAAAGAAUCUAAAAAGUACUUGUGGCGGUUGGAUCGGGUGUCACAUCACAAAAACUGCAAAGACAUGGAAUCGUUUCUGCAGCGUGGCCGCAGCUUGCUGGUGGUGGUCGCUUCGGAGCCGCAUCCCGAGUUCGAGCAGUUCACCUACAAAGUGCGCGAGUACAACCAGAAGGAACCGUUUUCCUUCAAAAUGCCGAUGCUGUUCAAAGAGUACGCAAAGUACGUUUCGAUCUACGCCGCCUACCUGUACGACUCGGUGAAGCUGUACGCGUGGGCGUUGGAUAAGCUGCUGAAAGCGGAGCAGGCUCACCGGCCGUUAACGAGUGACGUCAUCUACGAGGUGGCCAGCAACGGAACCCGCAUCAUCGAAACCAUCAUCCAGAACAGGACCUACAAAAGUAUCGCGGGCGCGAUGAUCAGAAUCGAUGAGUUCGGCGAUUCUGAGGGCAACUUUUCGGUGCUGGCACUGAAGAAUGAAUUCUACACGGAGGGCAACUUUUCCUGCGACUUCCAAAUGAAACCGGUGGCCCACUUCCAGAUGAGACAGUUUCAGCAGAGCAACGAUUCCAGCCAGAAACGAAGCGAUGAAAUCCCAGAAUUCAAACUGUCUCGGGCGGGCACUGCAAUUGAUUGGGCCGGUUCGGAACGCCCAAUGGAUGAGCCUUCCUGUGGAUUCAUGAACGAAUACUGCACGAAGGAUGAGUCGCACGUCACAUCCAUGGUGAUAGCGGGUGUCCUGGGGUUGGUGCUAUUCUGUGCGUGUGUCAUCAUGAUGAGCAUCUACCGGAAAUGGAAAAUCGAACUUGAAAUCGAGGGUUUGCUUUGGAAAAUCGACAGCAACGAAAUCAAGGGAUACUUCAACACGGAGAUUGUUUCGUCUCCGAGUAAGCUCAGCCUGGCCAGCGCGCAGUCAUUUGGGUCGCGGUGCUCCAACCAGGUCUUUACGCCUACGGCUCGCUUCCGGGGCGUGGUGGUGCGCAUCAAGGAGCUGAAAUUCUCCCGCCGCAAGGACAUUUCCCGCGAGAUCAUGAAGGAGAUGCGACUGCUGCGGGACCUCCGGCACGACAACAUCAAUAGCUUCAUCGGGGCCUGUGUCGAACCGAUGCGGAUAUUACUAGUCACUGAUUACUGUGCCAAGGGUAGCCUGUACGAUAUCAUCGAGAACGAGGAUAUCAAACUAGAUGAAUUAUUUAUAGCAUCUUUAGUACACGAUUUAAUUAAGGCAAUGAUAUACAUUCAUAGUUCAGCUUUAAACUACCAUGGGAAUCUUAAGUCAUCCAACUGUGUGGUCACGUCCCGCUGGAUGCUGCAGGUCACUGACUUCGGUCUGCACGACUUGCGGCACUGCGCCGAGAACGAGUCCAUAGGGGAACAUCAACAUUACCGAAACCUGUUUUGGAAGUCGCCGGAGCUAUUACGGGCCGAGCAGCGAACCGAAGCCACCUACGGUAGCCAAAAGGGGGAUGUGUAUGCCUUUGCCAUCAUUCUGUUCGAGAUUAUUGGACGGAAGGGGCCGUUCGGGUACAGCGAUUUGGAGCCGAUCCGGAUAAUUGAACUGGUUCGGGCCAUCCCGGAGGACGGACAGGAACCGUUUCGUCCGGAUAUCAAGAGCGUGAUCGAGAGUGAUUGCGUGCCGGACUACGUGAUCAAUUGCAUCGCGGACUGCUGGGACGAGAAUCCGGAUCAGCGACCGGAUUUUGCGUCGAUCAGGAAUCGAUUGAAACGUAUGAGAGGCGGCAAGUCCAAGAACAUCAUGGACCAAAUGAUGGAGAUGAUGGAGAAGUAUGCCAACAAUUUGGAGGAGAUCGUUCAAGACCGGACGAGGUUGCUGUGCGAGGAGAAACGGAAAACGGAGGAUUUGUUGCAUCGUAUGCUGCCGCAACCCGUUGCGGAGAAGCUAACGAUGGGUUUGGGCGUGGAGCCUGUGUCGUACGAUUCUGUAACGAUAUACUUUAGUGACAUCGUUGGUUUUACAGCGAUGUCGGCCGAAAGUACACCAUUGCAGGUGGUGAAUUUCCUGAACGAUCUUUACACGGUGUUUGAUAGGAUUAUCAAAGGGUACGACGUGUACAAAGUGGAAACUAUUGGUGAUGCUUACAUGGUGGUUUCCGGCCUUCCUUUACUCAACGAGAACCGUCACGUCGGAGAGAUCGCCUCGAUGGCUCUGGAACUGUUGCAGGCUGUAAGGUCACAUCGAAUCUCACAUCGUCCAAAUGAAACACUUAAGCUGCGAAUUGGCAUACACACGGGUCCGGUGGUGGCCGGUGUGGUGGGACUUACAAUGCCUCGGUACUGUCUGUUUGGUGAUACAGUCAAUACGGCCUCGCGGAUGGAGUCCAACGGUGAAGCGCUGAAAAUACAUAUAUCAGGUCAGUGUAAGGAAGCGCUCGAUCGGCUUGGCGGUUACGUUGUGGUCGAGCGGGGUCUCAUCUCGAUGAAGGGGAAAGGUGAGGUGAUGACGUACUGGUUGGAAGCAGCAACGGAUAAGGCCAUCCAGAAGAAGCCGGUCGACUAUCGGGAUCUACCUCCGCCGUUGUUCUGUAGGCCACGGCGAUCUCCCCGGUUGACUUACGAUUCGCGGCAUCCUAGUAUCAUCGCAAUCGCCAACUACACGGCGGGCAGCCGUCGGCAGUCCAGCGCGCUGAAAGAUCUCGAAAGCAAUUACAGUCUGCAAGGUUCGUCAUUUGAACCGUCGGUGCGAGACUCGCCCCGUGCCUAUCAGCGAAAGCUGGAACGAAUUCCUUUGUGCAUCAAUGACGACUCCCAAAGUACUUUAGAACAGCAAAAUGCAAUAGGUAAAACCCAUUCUAGUGAUAGUCUAGUGAAGAAAGUCAUCUUAAACAAUAGCAGCAGUAAGAAAGUUAGGAAUAUGCUACGUUCCAUCGCGUCUACGGAUGAUUACCACAACAUCUGCAGCUCGGGGACAUUUCUGCGGGAGAGCCGCUCGUUGGAUCCGUUUCCCAGUGACGGUCGGAAGCGAUAUGAAAGUAUUAAGUUGGAUAGGAAACCUCGCAUGGGUCAUAAGGGCUCGCAAUCCUUCGAUGCUGGAGUCAGCACGAUCAGCAGCGAAUCGAUCGACAAAGAUCAAUCGUCGAAGAUGAUCAUAACGACGGUGCCGGAGGACUACAACCAGGGCGAUGGCCACAAGUAUCUCAACAACAACUGCAACGGUUCCAUCGGGAACAACGAGGAAUCGCACUAUCCCUUGCUGAUGCGGCAGACCUCGUUGGUGACCCCAGGGCAGGAGGAUAGCCUCAGUACGCACAAGCGAUGGUACUCGCUGGAGAAUGUUGGCGUGCCAGACGAGGACAGUUGCAGUAAGAAAUCGCUUACACGGGGGUCCAUCAAGUCGUGGCUGGUCGGUAUAAUCGGGUUCAAAACGAGUGACUCUAGUUUACGGAAGGUGGGAGUACUGCCGGUGGGCGUGGCAGGGGUGACGGGUUUCGGAGAAUUACAGUCGACGCCAGAGAAGGAAAGUAUGGUUUGAUGUGGGAAGUGGAUUGCGAGUGGUAACCCGCAGCAUAGACUUUUGUUUUCAAUUUUAGUACAAUAGUUAGGAAGUUUUAAUCAGUGGUUGACGAUUUUUUUCGAAAUGAAUUGCUUGAAGGGGAAAACGGAAUGAUUUACUAAAAAAAAAAAAAUAAUGGGAUACGAGGCGUCGGCUGAAACAUAAAUCAUUGCACCCAAACUUUGACAAAUCUUAGGUUAUACCUAGUGCAUGACAUUGAUUGAAAAAUUGAUUAUUGGUCAUUCCGCGCCAAGUGACCGACCGCUUGCAAUCAACCAUCACGGAUUUGAACCAAAUUUGGCUGAAACAUUUGUUUAAAUGGUAAAAGAAAAAAUCCAAAU